AUGUCCCACGAUAUUGGUUUUCAGCAGAACAUAACUGACCCAAAUACAUCCGGACAUUCAAGCCCUGAUGACGUAAGUACACUGAAUUUAAUCAUUCACAUGCAUAUAUGAUUACAGUUACAAGUUAAUGAAGUUAUACUGUUCCAUAUAUAAAUUACUUUAAUUAAAAUUAAAUAAUCUAAAUUGGCCAUUCGCGCGACAAAAUUCGCUACUGGAAAACCGGCUUUAAAGCCAUCUUGAAUUUGUCAACCAAGAAAAUGGCGCCAACGUAAACAAAAAGUGCCCAAAGCAUUGUAGUUGACAAUGUCUCUUUGAUAAAUUAUUACAAUUAUGAUUAAAAUACAUAGAGUGUAGAGUGAAAUAAGGCCGAAAUCAAUUGUCAACUUCUACAAGUCAUAGGUUUUUUAGCAUUCAAUAUGCUUCAAGUAAAAUAGCUACAUUGUUAAAUUAAAGUGGCCCAUGCAACGAAAUUUUUACCUUAUUUUUUGUUUUUCUAAAAGUAUUGCUGGAGUUAUGAAGAAUUACGUUUACAGUUUCGUCAUAUCUCAUCUCAUUCUCAAGUUAUCGCACUCUCUAUAUUUUGAGUUGUGACGUCACAAGUAUGAGUUGAGAUAAUGGCAAUAACAAGAAAGUAUGAUAUCGAUCUUGGUGAGUAUUUAAUAAAAUUCAAUGAAACUUGCUACACUUAGUGUGUGCACCAAUAUGAAUAUUUUUGGCAGGUCAUGUAGUUAUCAUAGCAACACACUAGUCCCCAGUCUCUUCUCUUCCUUUUCACAACUUUAAUUUCCUCCUGUAGACCUCUUGUACUGGGGCCGGUUGUUCAAAGCUGGGUUAGCUUAACCCUAGGUUAACCUAAAAUUCAAAGCAAACUUCCCGACAGCUUGUCUACAAGUUUGGAAAUAUUUCUUCAGAGAUCUUGUCUGGAUCGAUAGGACUUUACUUCUCUGAAGGUUUGAAAUAAACAGACGUGCAAGAAACACACCAACUAAAACAGCAGAUUAAAUUUUAACCCAGGGUUAGCGCUAAUCCAGCUUUGAACAACCGGCCCUAGAAUGUUUACAUAUCAUAACUGUUUAAACUGAUCACAAUACCUACACUUAUUAUAAAGUUGAAAAGCAGAAAUUGCUAUUUAUUUCGUUCGAAAUGGAUCAUAUAGAAAUUGUAAGAGAAGGGACUGGGGACGAGGACGAGUGUGUUGCCAUAACAACCAUAUAAACAAGCCAAAUUGUUGACCUUGUUGCAUCCACUAAGUGUACCAAGUUUCAUUGAAUUUUAUUAAAUACUCACCAAGAUAUCAUACUUUCUUGUUAUUGCCAUUAUCUCAACUCAUAUACUUGUCACAACCCAAAAUAUAGAAAGUGCGAUAACUUGAGAAUGAGAUAUGACCAUACUGUAACGUCAUUCUUCAUCACUCUGGCAGUACUUUUUAGAAAAACAAUAAAAAAUGAGGUAAAAAUUCGUUGCAUAAGCACUUUAAACAUAGUCAUCCGAUAAAACAAUUUGAAAUAUGAAAAAACGGGCGACUAAAAUUAAUACAUUUAUUUUUACAUGUAAGUUUUAAUAUUCUUUUUCGGUUUUAGGCAAAUACAGUAAAAAUAUACUUGUUAUUAUGGAGUAUAGUUUAACUGCAAGUUUAACUAUUACAGUAAUUAACAACCAUAUUACAAAUGUGCUUCAAAAACUCAUUAAUAAUUCAUGAAGCAAUUAUCCAAUCUUGAGUAAGAAAUUAGUCACGUGCAUACGUCUUUAUACCAGCUAAAAAACACUUUAACAAAAGGCCAUUGUUAUGCAAACUAUAUAAGGAUUUUUAUAUAAAGAUUUUUAUAUAAAGAUUUUUCAUAUUCAGAUUUGACUUAUUAUGCAAACGUUUUUGAAGCCAUUUAAAAAACUCGCUGCGCGCGAGUGGCUUUAGACCUAAUAAAACACUCCUGCUCGUUUUUUAAAUAGUACAUAAAACCCACACGUAAAAGCAAGUACACAUGGAAUGCAAGAUCGUAAAUUUAGGUCGAAAUCAAGCUUCUUAAAGCCCAGUUCUCAUUCAGGGCUGACGUCGGCGAUGCCCAUUGUCGUUGAUCAUUGAUGAGUAAAAUCUUUCGUCUAUUCAAGCUCAUAAAUACAUAAUAUAACUGCGAAAGACGGUCACUAGGUAGACUUAACAGAGCUGAAUAAUGUGACUAUAACUGCGGUUGGGCGAUUUUAUACAAAGUACAGUAAUACACGAAAUACUACGGUAUGGUCAUCAUGUCCACUAUAAGAACUAUAAUUCAUUAUUUGGUACUUCUUACCGUGUUAUUCUUGUUUUGUUAAUAUUACGAACAUAAGAUUUUAAAAAAGGGCUUGUGCAUUUCCAAUAUUGAAAUUAAUCUAAUCUAUAUUUUGAAGGGAUGCAUUUUAUACGCACAAUUUGUAACGUGACCUAAGUUGCUAUGCUAUGAUAGGAACUUACAAACAUUGAAGAAUUUCCAAUGCAUGUACAGUACUGGAUUAAUUAACCAUGAUUUAACCACGUACCUGGCAAAUAAAUAAGUAUUUUUGAUUCAUAUCCAUUGUGCAGAACACUGAUCAAGAUGCAGCCUUAAAUGAUGAUAAUGGUUUGGAUAGCAAAUUGUCAGACGAUGAUAGUACUGAGUCAACUGAUGAUGAAAUUUGGCCAGAUGUAUCUGAGGAGAUACUGGAUCAAGACAUCUCAUCCAAUGAAGCUCUUCCAGAUCCUAUACCAAAGCGGAGAAAAGUGCAAGUUGUUAACUCUAUUCUCCAGUGGUUGUUGUAUUUUAUCUUAAUUUGGCAAGGUGUAUGUCACUUAAGUGAUAAUGGGCUUGCAUGGUUGUUGCGUUUUCUUCUGCAAUUCCUUAAAGUGCUGAAUAUUCAUGUAACUGGUGAGCUUUUAACUGAACUGAUAGCUAUUUUUGCGACCUCGUUGUAUGUAUAUGGUUCGCCAGUUACUAGAUUUAGAUCGCGACAAUUUCAACAAGUAUGUUGUUUGUCCCAAAUGCUCUGCAUGCUAUGAAUACAAUGAAUGCGUUUCGUGAUGUUGAUGGUCGACACAUUGUCAAGAGAUGUUCAAGCAAGCAUUACUCAUGAGGGAAAAUACAUUUCUGCAACGGAAAACUGGUAAAAAAAGUUACUUUGAAAAACAAUGUUAUCAAAUAUUAUCCAAUUUAUACUUACUGCUAUUCAAGCGUUGUAAACACUUUAGAAAAACUCCUUAAAAAGCCGGGAUUUCCUGCUAAAUGUGAAGAAUGGAGAACGAGACACACAGAAUCGGAACAGCUAACAGAUAUGUUUGAUGGUCAGCUUUGGAAAGAUUUUCAGAAAUAUAACGGUGUCGAUUUUUUGAAUGCUCCCAGAAAUUACGGACUUAUGCUCAACUUCAACUUCUUUCAGCCAAUGAAACAUAGGAAGGAUUAUUCUGUUGGAGUACUUUACCUGGUGUUGCUAAAUUUACCGCGCGCAGAACGCUUCAAAUGGGAAAACGUUUUAGUAGUUGGCAUCAUUCCUGUCAUGGGGAAGGAACCCAAGAAUUUAAAUCCAUUCCUAAAGCCGUUAGUUGAAGAAUUAAAAGCACUGUGGAAAGGAGUUCGCUUGCAGUCUAGUCUUAGCACAAUAUCCUUAAUAUUCAGAGCAGCUUUGUUGUGCACCUCUUCAGACAUACCAGCCUCAAGAAAACUAUGUGGAUUCAAAGGCCACAGUGCUGAAUUGGGGUGUUCGCGGUGUCUUAAGAAAUUUCCGGGUGGCUUUGGCGAAAAGCGAGAUUACUCUGGUUUCGAAGAAGAAAACUGGCAGAAACAUAAGAAUGAAGAGCACAGGCGUCAAGCAAAAAAGAUGUCACGAUGUAAGACAAAAAAAGAAGAAGCUAAGCUGUCAAGAAAGUACGGAAUAAACUACUACAGUGAACUUUUAAAACUAGAAUAUUUUGACGUAGUCAGAUUCUGUUCUAUUCACCCAAUGCAUAAUCUGUUUCUUGGAACGGCGAAAUAUAUUUUUAAGCACUGGGUAAGAGACGGAAUUCUGAACAAAAAAGACCUUGAGACAUUGGAAAGUAGGAUAGAUAGACUGGAGGUACCUGUUGACAUCGGAAGACUGCCGAAGGUAAUUUCAUCAAAUUACGGUUCCUACACAGCAGAACAAUGGAAAAAUUGGACGCUCAUAUACUCCUUAUAUGCUCUAAAAGAUGUCUUACCAGAACAAGAUUUUAAAUGCUGGCAGUCUUGUGUGUUGGCUUGCACGUAUCUGUGCAAACCUAUUCUUUCCAACAACAACAUCAUAAAACAAAUAACAGGUCCAUUGAAUUGCAACUUAUGCGUAAGCUAACAACAUGACGGUUUCUCGACAACAUGACGCUGGACAAACAUUUACAACCUUACUUUGACGAUGUCGUAACCAUAGCAAGAAACGACUCUAAAACUAUUUAUUCGGCUUUUGCACUAACCAAACUCCUAAGUUUCUUUAAUACUGACGUUAUGGCACCUUUGAAAUCCAUUAAUUGGAGUAAUAUUUCAGCUGGAAACCUACACCUUUGAUACAAAGAAAGAAGUCUUGAUAACGAUGAUCUGGCUGUUCUGCUUAAAGUGUAUAAUACCAUGUUUCCAGGCAAGAAUAUCAUAAGUGAACAGCUUAGCAGAACUAUUCGGAAAUAUGGCACGAUUGAGAUAUUCAACCAACAAUUUGGGUCAAAGUUGGCUUAUAGAAGUAAGCGAUCAACGGGAGUGUUAGCAGAUUGGCCUAGAUUAGACGGUGAAAUUGAUGAAACUUGCAACGGUAUGUCCUUUGGAAUGAUAGAGUUUUAUUUUUCCCACUUGUUGAACUUUAGUGGAGAAUUUAUCAAGUACUACUUUGCAUGUGUAACGUGGCAUAAAUCAGUGGACGACACAAACUUUAACUCGGUAAACCCUUUGCAUGUGGCAAGUAAGGAUGAUAAACUACCAACUGGUGCAUCGCAAUUUCUAUCAGUUCAGCGUAUUUCAAGGAAAUGCGCAAUUGCAAAUGAAGAAAAUGAACACAUGGACAAAAG